AUGGGUCUUUUUCUCAGCCGAAUGUACGAUGUUUUUGGGUCAUUCAGUACAGGAAAACCAGCAAGAAUUUUAAUGCUCGGUCUUGAUGCAGCUGGUAAAACAACAAUUCUAUACAAAGUUAAACUUAAUGAAAAUCUUCAAACUAUUCCUACAAUUGGAUUUAAUGUCGAACAAGUGAGUCCAUGUCGUGGAGUUUCAUUUACUGUGUGGGAUGUCGGGGGACAAGAAAAAAUUCGUCGUCUCUGGCAACAUUAUUAUCAAGGCGCCGAUGGUCUUAUUUUCGUUGUUGAUAGUAACGAUCACGAACGAAUGGAUGAAGCUCGAGAAGAACUUCAUGGUAUCCUUUCAUCAUAUGAUAUGUCUCGUAUACCCAUCGUCAUUAUAGCUAAUAAACAAGAUUUGCCUAAUGCAAUGAAACCUGCGGAUAUUAUUCAAAAAUUAGGUGUGAAUGAAUUACGAGCAAAAAAUAAAUGGUUCCUUCAACCAGCAUGUGCAGUAACUGGCGAAGGUUUACUUGAAGCAAUGAUUGAAAUGUCAAAUCUUGUUAAACAACAUCGAAAAGAAAACGAUUAA